AUGCAGAUCUUCGUUAAGACCCUUAUAGGGAAGACAAUCACCUUGGAAAUUAAGAGCUCCGACACCAUUGAUAACGUUAAAACCAAAAUUCAAAAUAAGGAGGGGGUUCCACCUGAUCAACAAAGAUUGAUCUUUGCAGGGAAGAAAUUUGACGAUGGGCAAACUUUAGCAGAUUAUAACAUCCAGAAGGAGUCCAAUUUGCACCUUGUUCUUCGUCUUUGUGGUGGUGAUCUCCGUCCUAAAACAGAUCUUACUAGUGAUCAAACAGCAAAUACAAUCGGUUAG